UUUAAAAACAUUUGUUUAUUUUGUGCUCUGCCUGCAGCCUCCUCCUCGCCACGACGCCGACGCAUCACCUACAGACGCCGCGCCGGCUGCCUGCUCAUCGACGGCUUUCGGUUUGUGAUCAGCUAUCAGCAGCGGAAGCGCUGCUAUCUGAAGUGUUCCAAUUUUCGGAGCCAGUGCCGGGCGCGUGCCAUACAGAACAAGGAGACCGGCCAGGUGCAGCUGCGCAAUGGAGUUCACAAUCACAUUCGUGGGCAGAAAAUGGCCGCACACAAAGCUACAAAUUGA